AUGCUGAGAAAUUGUUUAAAAAAACUGGGAAAUUAUCGAGCAAAAUGUACAAUAAAGACUUUACACACGCCUGUUUACAAGACGAAAAAUCUUCAGGUACUCAGAGAUGUACUCUCCGGUAUAAAGCUGUUGGAUAAAAUAAUAUCGUCAUCCUCUUACAACAAGACAUUAAUAUAUGAACCCAAAUAUAAAUCAAAGCCGCAAGUCGUUAGUUCACAGGACACCAUGAGACUGCAGAACGUUCUUCGAGAGUUCUUGGAUUCAUUACAGGUAGAUGAGGUUACUAAUACAGAACUUCAACUAGAUAGCUCUCGAAAGUUGGGAAAAGUUGGUCUUCAGCUAUUCUUGGAUUGCACUCGCGAUAACUUGACACUAAAUUCGACAUCUUUGGCAUCUUCAUUACUGGAGUAUUAUUUUAAAUAUCCCGAAAGAGAAGUAGUUAGUGGUAUCGAAAUUGGGUUACAAUAUAUUAGGGGUUUUCUCGAGCAAAAUAAAAUAAUGGUGAAAGGGCAAAACGAUAUCGAUGCCCUAGUGGACCAGUUUACUAUGUCAUCUUUAGAUAGUCAAAGCGUAAAGAAUGUCUUACGAGCCGUCAAUUACCAACUAUUCUCAGACGAUAUUGUUCGAGUCAUAAAUGGCAAUAAAACAUACGAUGAGAUUGAUGUCUCCAAAGGUUGGAAAUAUCCCGCCGGUAUAUUAGAUACCAAUGAAGCGUACCUAAGAUCUCUAGAGUUGCCUAACAAGAAAUUAGUUUCCGUUGAUAAGAAAAUGCUGGUUCUCAUGUAUGACGGAACACUACGAGACGCCAGUAAGAUUUUACCCACUAUAACGUAUGCGCGAAACUUGAAGAAGUCUGUUCUUUUGAUUGUCAGUGGAGAUUGCACAGGUGAUGCACUGACAUCGAUUACGAUCAACAAUAACAGGAAUAAGAGAGAAAACAACGAGAGCCGAACAAUUAUCAUGAAGUACUCAGAAAAAGCAAACAAAAACCUAGCAUUACAAGAAAACCACGAUUUCAUAAAAUUCUUACGGUUGCCUUGUGGAUAUGAUAGCAUUUACUCUCCCGAGUACAGUCCAUUGGUGCCAAGCAAAAUGUGUGCAGACAAAUAUUAUGGCAAUGUUGAGUCUAUGAAGGCAACCACAGGUGAGGCGUUUUUAUAUAAUGCAAUUGAUUUCGAAUCAAACCAAAACGAAGCUUCACAGUCUUUCCUGCAGCAGACAGUUACCUUAAAAAUUGGCGGGCAUAAUGAAGUCGAAAUCGACCAGAGAAGAAACACACUGGAAAACUUCUUGAAUAACAGCUUAUGCCAUGGGCUAGCCAAAGGGUUCAUUCCCAGCCAUGGUAUAUCUUUACUAAAGGCGGUUCCAGGCUUGAGCAGGCUGAAAGCUAACGAACCCGAUUUUAUGACCAAGCUGGGAGUAGAUGCUGUAUUAUCCGCCGUUGUUCUCCCAUCCGAGGUUGCGUUUAAGAAUGCGUGCGGAUAUAAUUAUUACGAAAUUAGCAAUCUAAUAGCCGAAACUAUAAACGAAAACUCAUUCCAACUAGCCAAAUUUUCUUCUACUUCAAACCUGGUGGAUACUACAAAAGCUGGGCGCUUAGAGCCAUGGAACAAAAUGGACUCAUGUUUGGCCAGCAUAGCAACGUUCAUCAAAUUGCUUACCAGCUGUAAUACCAUUGUCACUUGUAUAUACGAAAAGCCCGAAAAACGCACAGCCUAG